ACAGAAAAAUACCAAUCUAUGACAAACGAAUUUGAAGGGAUCAAUUCACCAGUAACUUUGGAUAAAUGUAAUGAUGAAGCUCCUCCAACUCUGUGUUUAGACAAUAAAUUAAAUAGAAGCGAUGAGAGCAGUAAAAAAACUAACAUUAACGACUUAUCACGUAGUUUGGUUACUUCCUUACAAAAUGCAAACAAAAGACUUUCGACCUUGAUGCAACCCAAGCUGUCAAACCAUGAUUCAACAUUAAGACCCUCAAAGGCUAAUAUUAGUCUCCCAACGAACUCGAUUAUCAAAAGAAAAAUAAUUAGAAACGACAACCAAGAAAAUGUUACAUCAUUUCAAAACUGUUAUAAAAAUUGUACUGAGGAUUUUUCUGACAUUGAGAUAGACUUCGAAAAAGUAACAAACACAUUACAGCAAGCAAAGGCUUUUUCAGUUGAACUUACAAAAGUGUUAAACGAUUAUCAAAUGGCUAAUAACAAAUUAGAAAGUAAGUCUCUGAAGGAUAGUAUAGGAAUGAAUAUUUAUAGCAAUCCAAAACUCUUCACAAACCUUGAACAAAGCACGUACAACAUUGAAAUAAAUCAAUCAAUCAACAGUGAUGCAUAUUAUGAAGAAUUAUUUUCUCACGUUGGUCAUGAUCGCUCACCGUAUGAUCCAGUAAAAAAGUAUGGGUCUCAUAAUUUAAAUGUGACAGCAACAAACAAAAACAAGCACGAAAAAUUUGAGAUGGAUGAGAAAACUGACUGCAGUAAUAAAAUUGUACUUAUCAAUAGUGAAAUUGAUCAUGCUGUAGAUGAAGAUUUGAUUAGUUAUGAAAGUACUUAUAAGCAACAGAAUAAAGAAAAUGUUUCACAUCAACUAAGUAAAGAGAAUAUUCCCAUUGAUCAUAGCUCACAGUCCGAUAGACAUAUUGAUGGCGAUUUGGACGAAAAGUAUAAAUUUUGUAAGCACAGGUGUCGUUCUAAUAAAACUCAAAAGAAUGUCAAUAGACUACGGGUUCCUAGAUCUUUGAUAUUAUACAAAAGGUUGAAAUUAAAAGAGGCACUAAUUAACUUAGCUUCUGCAACUUGUACUGGGACACGGCAGAAUUUGGAGCCUCAAAGUUUUCAGGUUAGCAAUAGGGCUCUAAUUACGAAUAGUACUACUCAAGAUGAGCAAUUCCCAAGAGAAAAACGCGAGACUACCUCAACUUCUACCGAUAUGUUGGGGAGCUAUGAGCAUUCAAGAUUUACACAACCGAUACAGGCUGAUCAAACAUUGGAAAAUUCAUCUUGGUCGAUACUGAAGAAAAAUUGCAUAUUAAAUACACCGUAUUUGAAAAAUAAAGGGUUUUCCAUAAUGCCACCAUUGCUGCUGGAAGUAAAAGAUACUCUUCGAGCUAUAUCCAGGCAGAGUGGGGAGGCGGGAAGAUCUGACGCGAACAAUGAAGUGAAAGUCACAGGCCAUGGAAAUAAAGCCUUGCUCAAAUUGCAAACAGAGGUGAAUAGGUUGUGGGAAUCGUCAGUGCCCCAAUCGUCGGAUGAAUCGGCGAGCAAAACAAGAAGUCCGAUGUUAAAAAGUAAAUUAGAUUUGAGAGCAAAAAGCUUCAACGUUGCGUCGUCUCAAACUUGCAACGUAACAAGUAGCGUAGAAAAAGCGGUGGAUUGCAUGGAUAAUACUUUUUCUGUGGUGGGAAAAAGUAGCUGUGAUACUUUUAAGGUGAAGUUUCUUGGCCUCAGAAGAGUUUCAGAUCACACGGUUCUUGUCAAAUGGAAAGCACCUCCAAACGUGUCAAGAGUUCAAGGGUAUGAGUUGCUCGUGGACGGGCGUGCAGUUCAAAAGAUUUUGAGCCCCACUCGCUGCAUGGCGGUGGUGACGUGUCUGCCGCACAUCGAGAGGGUGCUCAUCACAAUCCGGACGCUGCUCCCCCCAGGGCUCGACCGCCCCCACUAUCCCUCCGCUACCAUUGUAUACCAGCCGCGCGCAAAGUAAAAAUAGU